GCGUUGUAAACUCACGUAGCCAGCUCUGUGAAUUGGCUCUAUAUCGGUUACCUGUUGCUCUUUUUCUUGCGCAGUGUCAAACGUCCUAAUGAGUCCUUAUUAUCUCUGUGUUCAUGAAUAAAUGAGACGUCGUGUCGAUACGAAAACGAGGACUCGAGAGUGAGACAGUGGACUGACCGUCUGUGUGUCGACGCGAGAUAACAACCAGAGAGGGUUACCAAGGGGACGACGCACCGGGACGAGACGGAGAGAGACCGCCUCUCACUACUGAGCUACUGUAUUUCAUACUCACGCUAGGCAUUGACGCCCAGAGGACAUGUAAGCUAUAGCUUUGCGGACUUUCGAUGGACUCCCCCGCAGACUCGCUGCUGACCUGUCGAUGAGGAGACCCGUUCACAUUCUGCUGCGCAGGUGACAGCCGCUAACUGCCGAUGGAGAAAUAUGAAAAGCUGGCCAAAAUCGGCGAGGGUUCGUACGGCGUGGUGUUCAAGUGCAGACACAGGGACACGGGCCAGAUAGUGGCCAUCAAGAAGUUUGUGGAGUCUGAAGACGACCCCGUCAUCAAGAAGAUUGCAUUGAGAGAAAUACGCAUGCUGAAGCAGCUGAAACACGUGAACCUGGUCAACCUGCUGGAGGUCUUCAGGAGGAAAAGACGGCUCCACUUGGUGUUCGAGUUCUGCGAGCAGACGGUCCUCAAUGAGCUGGACAAACACCCUCGAGGGGUCCAGGAGGCUCAGCUGAAAAGCAUCGUGUGGCAGACUCUGCAAGCUGUUAGCUUUUGCCACAAGCACAAUUGCAUCCACCGUGAUGUAAAGCCAGAGAACAUCCUCCUCACCAAAACCGGAGUCAUCAAGCUCUGCGACUUCGGCUUUGCCCGCAUUCUGACAGGACCAGAAGAUGACUACACGGACUACGUGGCGACCCGCUGGUACCGGGCCCCUGAGCUGCUGGUGGGGGAUACUCAGUAUGGGCCCCCUGUGGACGUUUGGGCCCUGGGCUGUGUCUUCGCCGAGCUGCUCCACGGGAAUCCACUGUGGCCCGGGAAGUCCGACGUUGACCAGCUCUACCUCAUCCGAAAAACUCUAGGUGACCUGAUCCCUCGUCACCAGCAGGUGUUCCGCUCCAACGUGUUCUUCAGUGGAGUCAGUAUUCCUGAACCCGACACGACGGAGCCCUUGGAAAAGCGCUUCCAUGGUGUGUCUCCUCACGCCCUCCAUGUUAUGAAGUCAUGCCUGGUGAUGGACCCCGCGCUCCGGCUGUCCUGUGAAGAGCUGCUGGAGCUGCCGUACUUCCAGGAGGAAGCAGCCAACUGGGGCCGCGAGAGCGAGCGGCCGGGACGACGACACGACAGGGGCUCCCGACGCAGGCAGCCGGGGGCUCAGUACCUUCCUCAGUUACCAAACAGCAACAUCUCACCAGCACCGGAUGUUAAGAAACAGGUGAAGCAUAAAUAUCACCUGCCCAACAUUUAGCAAAGCCGAGAGAGAGAGAGGGAGAUGGACUUGUGCUAUGUUUUGAGCAAUUAUUUGAAUAAUAUCCUUGGUGUGACGGUGAAAAAGUGUAUUUUCACUUUCAUUUGACUUUCAGAUUUGUCAUUUGUUAUCGCUUAAUAUUCUUUACACAACAAACAAUAGUUUACAGUUGCAAUUAGGCAACACACUUAUAGUAAGUGUCGGGUUUUCCUGUCUUUAAAAAUGAUAUUAAACAGCUCAUGAAAGUCA